AUGGAUAAAUGGGUAAUACGUACAACAGGUACAUCUUCAGCUAACAAACGAACAAAUACUGAUGAGGAGUCGCAAAAUACUGAAUUAAAUGCCCGAUCUAAAAAAAUAAGAAAAUACAAUGAGGAAUUUUUUAAGUAUGGUUUUACAUUUUGUGUUGUUGAUGAAGAAGAACGCCCGAUAUGUGUCAUUUGCAACGAAAAAUUAGUAAAUGAGAGCAUGAAACCAGCUAAAUUAAAAAGGCACCUGGAAACUAAACAUAGAGACCUUCAAAAUAAACAUGCCGAUUUUUUUCAAAGACGAGCUGAAAAUCUGAAAAUUCAAAGUGCAGGAAAUUUACAACAAUACCUCAGAAAGCAUUACGAGCUUCUUUAG